CAGUUCUAUCUUACUCGACCGUCUGUGUACACUUGGAGCAAGUGAUCAGUGACAGAACCAGAAUGAAACUUUUAAUAUUGAUUAUUGCCCUUUAUGGGGUCACGAUCAGUGCCCAAGCACCGUGCACAACUACAACGUGUUUAAUCAAUUGCCCAAUUGAUCCACGAUGCCCACCGUACAAUCCUAUCAAGGCAGUGCUGCUUCCACAUACCAUCUGUGCGAAAUUCUUGAAAUGUCACGACGGUCGUGCCUGUACAUACGACUGCCCAGCUGGACUACACUUCAACAGCGUCAAGAUGGCCUGCGAUUGGCCUCAACAUGCUUGCUGUGAUCCAUCUGUUCCCUGCAUGCCUGACCCAUGCGGUCCAGGAAGUGGUUGUGACGGAUCACAACCACCACCGCCACCACCACCGCCACCACCACCACCACCACCACCACCACCACCACCACCACCACCACCAGGACCAUGCCCACCAAUAAUCUGCCCUACCCCAACACCACCUUGCAGCGGAGGAGGAAACAACUGUGACAACUGUGAUCCAAACCCACUAUGCCCACUAUUUAACCCACCGAAGCCAUUACUUCUCCGCCACAACAAUUGUACAAAGUACUACAAGUGUGAAACCGGAAGAGCGUGUGAAAUGGUGUGCCCUCCAGGACUGCAUUUCAAUGUUGCUAAACAAGUGUGUGAUUGGCCGUGGUUUGCAUGCUGCGAUCCGAGUAUGGAAUGCAGACCAAACCCAUGUGAUACCAACGAAUGUCCACCAGCCAAUCUUCCACCAACAUGUAUCGCAGGAUGGAACUCUUAGAAUUAUAGA